AUAAUUUGGUUCUCCUGUUUCCCCAGAACAAGAUGUUGCCAAGACAUCACAAAGUUUACAAAUAUGUCGACUUUGUAAUCUGAAUGGCUAACGUAGUGGAUAUAUUCUUUGCCUUGUCAAUUACACGCCAGGUCAUAUGCGUUUUAUUGUUCUUUUCUUUGGCUCACACUCAAAACAAUCUUGUUUUCCAGCCGUCCUAUCUCACUGUAACUGGACCGACGGUAUCUGCAUUUCUUCUUGGAAACACGUCGGACAUCUCUUUGAAUCUGAGGACAGUAUCUCCAUCCAAUACAACAGGGAGCUUCAGUUCUCCAUCAUGUGUCACUGAGGUAACACAGUGGUUGCUCACAACGCAACAGGUGGGAAAGACUGCUGUUCAGGUUCAGCUGAAACUCAAUAAAAGUCUGCAUUUGUGUGGUAAGAAUGAGACAGGCACAGACUGCUGUGCAAAGCCACUGUGUGUCCUGGAGACACUUCAGGUAUCUGCCUGUUUGGGAGACACACCUCAGGCAUCACUGCUCAUCCAGGCCAAGAUAAAUGCCCUGUUGGUUCCUGCUAAUGCUGGAUCUGGUAAUCAAACUGUUAUUCCAAAUCAGGUGUACCAACCACUGGGCUCUUGUCCCUGUGAUCUCACAUUCAGAAAAUGUGAUGCACGCUGCUGCUGUGAUAAGGACUGUUCCAGUGGAGCUCUGAAGCUGUUUGUGUCCCACUGUAUCCCAGGGCCCUUUGGUGGACAGGUCUCCCCUCCUCCACACUAUCAGUGCUCUGUGCAGUCCUCUGAAAACUCCCCUGACUGGUUUCCAUUUUUAUGUGUUAAUUCACCACCUGAAAACAACCCAAAUCUCGGUCUUUUUUACCAGGGAGACACAAUUACAGCUAAGCCUGGUCCGUCCUUCCAAAUGCCUGUUUUGUCAGCUCCAGUGCCCGCUAGUAUUUAUUAUGAAGGAAGUCCCAUUUUUACAUUGAAUGACCAGUACUUCACUAUUCCGCAGAAGGUGCUCGGGCAGUGUGUAAAUGGUGCACCUGUAGCAUUUUUGAAAAAUAUCCAAGUCGUCUGUUCAACUUUGCUACACUCCUGUCCAGCUGGACCUCCCUUGCAGACACCACCAACAGAUUUGAUGAUUAAUGUGAAGAAUGGGCAAGGAGGCAAUGCUGUAGUAGACCUAAUUGAUGAAGUGGCCAUUGACAUGAGUCAGUUUGUUUCAAGUACAAAUGUUUCUGGCUCUUCAAAUGAAAGUUUGGUAUGUGAGAAUGUGACCUUAGCAUUAGAUUACAUGUUCUACUGGAAAGGAAAUGGCAUCACAAGGAUCACACUGACACGCACCAUUGGGACUAUCAUCUUAAAUGGUAGUGUGAUGUUAACUGCAAAGUAUUCUGCUGUGUUUCUAAAUGGAGAAUUCAUGGGUGAGUCCAACUCAGGGAACCCAGGUUAUCAGGUGGGAAGGCCUGUUAUUACUGGAAUUAUGGACACUUUCGCCAAUAAUACAGGCUCAGUACAGAGGACAUCAAUCAAUCUUUGGAAACCAGUGAGUGAUGGACUCUGUACCACUGCUGAGAAAAAGCCAGUACUGUUUGGGGAGAAUUCAACAUCAGGAUGUCUGCUACCUGUCAGUCAUCAGAAUCUCAGUCAGUGUAAUCUCCUGAGAGAGAGUGUUGCUUUUCUCCAGGCAUCCUUGGUGACAGCCACAUAUGUAGCAAAGUUUGGAAACCCACAUCCUCUAACUAUGACAGACUGGCUGAACAUAAGCUUUGUGACACCGAACUCUAGCACAGCUGUGGAAGACACCACAAAUUCAUGCUAUGGGAUUCCAUCCCACCUGCAUAUCCAUGUCUGGACUCUUAUUACUGGCGAGAUAGAUGGAGUACCUCAAAAGGAGAUACCUGCUUUGAAAGUCAGCUAUAGCUUCUCCACCUGGGCACAAGAUUGUGGAGGUAAUGUCUCUCUGUGUGUGGACCCAGUGAAGAAUCAGUUGUUCCCCAUCACCUCCUCAGUCACCUUUAUUGACAUUCCUGUCAACACAGGACCACCAAAAACAAGGUUUCAGAUCAACUUCACAGAGUAUGACUGUAACAGGAAUGAUGUGUGUUGGCCUGAGCUUGUCUUUCCUAUCACCAAGUAUUACACAGGUGAGCCAUAUUCUCAGUCACUGGCUAAGGGCCUUAUCUUGGUUUUCUUCUUUAUCGCUGCCUCGAUUCUUGGCACACCGUGGAGACAAAUUCGACAGGCAUGGAACAGUGCUGCUCUCUAAAUUCUGUGGAAAUGCUGAGUCAAAUGUAGAGGAAGAUGCACAAAUGCAGGGAGGUUGAGAGGAUGAGAGAGUAAAUAAAAUGUAAUUAAAUCUAACUGAAAUGUAUUAACACCUUUUUUCAUGUUACGCUUAUAUUAAUAUAGUUUUUACAUGUGUAUACUGUGUUGUGGGGAUGGAAGUAUUUGUAUUAGUCAGCCAUUUUGAAUAAAAAAUAUUUGUGUAAUUUUUGUUUUAGACUGAAGCACUCUCUCUCUAUAUAUAUAUACUGUAUAUUAAUACUAACAUGAACAUUGACAUCUGAAAUCUGAAAAUUGGACAGGCCUCUCAUGUGACAGUUUUCAUAACCUGGGUAUUCCAGUUUUGCUCUGGGCCCAUUUAAGAAGUUUAUCCAGCCAUGAUAAUUAUUCUU